AUGAGCUUUAUUCCCCCCUCUUGCGGGAUUAUUGCCAGCGAUGGACAGAGAGAGGAAGGAGAAACAGCGGCUGGUGUUUCUUGAUUUUCACGGUUAUAAACGCGCAGAGCAUCGCAAGAGGACGCUGACUUUUUAAUUAGCACAUUAGAGAGCCUUUAAAAGUGUUGGAAAUAUUGUAAAAGUCAGUUGCGCACGUGUUAUAGAACCCCCAAAGAUCCAAAAAGAGGCGCAACCAUGACGACCGAGAGCUCCAAGCAACUUUUGGAUCCAUCUCGCUCCAGUCCAGCGGCCGAUGCUCUGAAUGUAACUCUGCUGAGCGCACAGCCGGUGAUGGAGAGCGCGCACAACGCAUCACCCAAAUGGAAAAAGGGAAACUCGGGUUUGAGGCGCCCUGAAAAGCCUCCAUACUCUUACAUCGCGCUCAUUGUGAUGGCUAUUCAAAGCUCACCGACCAAACGGCUUACUCUGAGUGAAAUCUAUCAGUUCUUGCAGGCUCGCUUCCCUUUCUUUAGGGGAUCAUAUCAGGGAUGGAAAAACUCCGUCAGACACAACCUGUCUCUAAACGAGUGUUUUAUAAAGCUGCCCAAAGGCCUCGGCAGACCCGGGAAGGGUCACUACUGGACCAUCGACCCCAGCAGUGAGUUUAUGUUUGAGGAGGGCUCCUUUCGCCGCAGACCUCGGGGGUUCCGUAGGAAAUGCCAAGCGUUGAAACCGAUGUACAGGAUGAUGAAUGGUAUCGGGUUUGGCACGUCCAUGCUGCCGCAAAACUUUGAUUUCCAAUCACCCUCCGGCUCCUUAGGGUGCCACAACAGCUAUAAUAUAGACCUGAUGGGUAACACAGUGCCAGGUGGCUUCGAGGGACAUCACGUCCCACAUAUGUCAUCAGGCUCCGGGUCAUCGUACAUGGCGGCCUGUCAGGUGGGCUCUAAUGCAGACUAUUGCCCGGACAGCAGCAGCAGCCCCCUGCAGUCCUCCCCAGCCAUGGUAGGCACUUUGGACUGUCAGUCUCCGUAUGCAAAUGCAGCCUCACACUGGAGCUCACCUGGUGUGUCUUCAUACAUCAAACAGCAGUCUUUGGCAUCGAGCAGUCCCACUUCUUCUGCUCUGCACACGGGGAUGUCAUCUUACUCUCUGGAUCAAGGCUAUCUGCACCAUAACGCACGAGACUCCUCCGAGAUUUCAGUGGGACUGUCUCGAUACUCCAGCCACGCAGCUCCUGUGUGUGACAGGAAGGACUUCGUUUUGAACCUAAACGGAAUCUCUUCCCUGCAUCCCAGCACCGGCGGAUCUUACUACCAUCAGCUGCAUCACCACCACCAAAGUGUCUAUCAGGACGUAAAGCCAUGUGUCAUGUGACAAAACACCAAAGACAGAACUGUCAAGACUGUCAAAUGUAACCCUCUGGUGGACUUAUUUUAACAGAAUCUGACCUUUGGUGAAUCGGUGUCAGUGAACUCUGACUUCUUUUUUAAAAUGGUUAUGAUGUGAGGACUUGUUUCCACCCUCAUUACAUGUCUGACUUUACACAUAUGAAUAAGCAAUAUCAACAUUUUACUGAAAACACACGUACCUGAAUUAAAGCUUUCGUGCACUUAAUUUUGUGUUCCUGAAGUUGCUGAAAUUGUUGCAGA